CGGAGGGAGGAAGCUGUCGUCGACGAUGGCGUCGUCGGGAGUGGGCGGCGUGCCGGGGUCGCCGUGCGGGGCGUGCAAGUUCCUGCGGCGGAAGUGCGCGGCGGAGUGCGUGUUCGCGCCCUAUUUCUGCGCGGAGGACGGGGCGGCGCAGUUCGCGGCCAUCCACAAGGUGUUCGGCGCGAGCAACGCGGCGAAGCUGCUGCAGCAGGUGGCGCCGGCCGACCGGAGCGAGGUCGCCGCCACCGUCACCUACGAGGCGCAGGCCAGGCUGCGCGACCCCGUCUACGGCUGCGUCGCCCACAUCUUCGCGCUGCAGCAGCAGCUGGCGACGUUGCAGGUGCAGGUGGCGCAGGCGAAGACGCAGGUGGCGCAGACGCUGGCGGCGGCCGGCAUGCUGACGGCGGCCGGCAACCCUCUCCUCCACCACCACAACCAGCAGCAGGCGUGGCAGAUGGAGCACGAGUCGAUCACCUCGACGGCGACGCAGAGCUCCGGCUGCUACAGCGCGCCUCGCUCCGACGGCUCGACGUCGCUGCAAGACCUGUACUGCUUCGGCGAGCAGGAGGAAGGCAGCUACCCGCGAUGAAAUUGCACCCGAAAUCUCUCUUUGCACCAUGCGUUUGCUUUACAAGUUCAGAUUGUACUGUUAAUCACUCCAGCUCGAGCUUAAUUUGGCAGCUGGAAAAACACUGUAUCACUUGUGAUUUCAGGCUUUCAGAAUUCAGAUGUAAAAGAGUCCAACCAAAAAAAAAGGUUACAGUUUCAUAUUCCAGAAUCAUAGCAGUAUAUAAUUAAACAACUUUGAUGAGAUGAGGCAAACAUGAACGCAAGAACAGA